AUGGACCAUGCAAGUGUGGUGCCCAGUAUAGCAUACCAUUUAUUGGAACAGAUGACAGAUGCGUUCUCUGAGGAUCAGGAACUUGGCAGAGGCACAUACGGAAAAGUCUAUCUGGGAUUGCGUGCGAAUGGGGAGAAGAUUGCUGUGAAGAUGCUUCAUCCCAUUCUAGGACUUGAUGAUGAGCUAUUUGAGAAGGAGUAUCACAACCUUGAAAUUCUCCAACACCAGAAUGUUGUGCGUUUAGUUGGCUAUUGCAAUCGGCGGGAGUAUGUGCCAUACAAUGGGAAAAUGGUUCUUGGUGAAGUGACACAUAGGGCGCUUUGCUUCGAGUAUAUGCAAAAUGGAAGCCUUAAUGAUUAUCUCUCUGAUGAAUCUAGUGGACAUGGUUGGCACACAUGCUACGCAAUAAUAAAAGGAAUUUCCAAGGGUUUGAAAUACCUUCAUGAGGAACUGGAACCUCCGAUGUUUCAUUUGGACUUAAAACCAGCCAACGUAUUGCUGGAUGAGAACUGCGUGCCUAAAAUUGGCGAUUUUGGAUUGUCAAGGCUAAUCGAUGAACGAACGCGUAUCACUACAAGUUCUGUAGGAACAAUGUAA